UCCAACUGUUCGGGUCGCUGGGCUCCCCAUCAGCACUUCAAAUAUCCAAAAAUACAUAAAUCGCCGGGAAAAAAAACAGUGCGAUGAUAGUUUGGUGUGAAAAAUUAGUGCAAUUAUGAUGUUAUUUUUUUAACUACCUCAGACGAGAGCUUUUUCUCGCUGGCUGAUGUGUUUAUCCGUUUUUCGUUACAAUAUUUGAAUCGAAGACAAGUGCAAAAGCUCGCUUUGAGAAUGUUGUUAACUUAAACAGACAGAGACAACAAAUUCGAUUUGUAAUAUUCGUUGACAAAAUUUUUCCAAAUAAAACUACUAAAAAUAUAUAAAACACUCCGUAGGGAGUAAAGUUUGUCAAAAUUGUACAGUGUUAUGCGGAGCGUGGUGUGGGUGUUAUUAGCUGGUGCUGCUGUUGCUGCCUCUCCUCUGCCUUCCCAACUUCGACGUCUUCCCUUUUUCCCGAAUAUCCAUUCGUAAAUAUCCAAAACAGCAGCAAUAAAAACUACAACAACUGUAGUGUGAAACCACAAUUUAGUCGCCAAACAGUCGUCGACGUCCCCCGUGCGCUGGUAGUCGGCCAAGAUGUUGGACGAUGACAACUCGGAUCUGCUGGUCUGUGCAUCGGAGAUGCAGGAAGACCGUUUGUACUUUGUGGCCUUCAAGAAGAACAUCAAGCCAAAGAACACGGUUAACACCCACUACUUCAGCGUCGAUGAGGAAUUCGUCUAUGAGAACUUCUACAACGACUUUGGUCCACUCAACAUAUGCAUGCUGUACAGAUACUGCAUGAAACUGAACACCAAGCUGAAUGCCAAGUGCCAUGCCAACAAAAAGAUAGUUCACUACACCUCCAUGAAUCCGGCCAAGCGACUCAACGCGGCCUAUCUGCUUGGUUCGUAUGCAAUUAUCUACCUUAACAAGACGCCCCAGGAGGCGUAUCGGGCGCUGGUCGCUGGCGAGAUUCCUGCCUACACACGCUUUUGUGAUGCCAGCUACGGACCCAGCAACUUUAAGAUUUCGUUGCUGGACUGUCUGAAUGCUGUGCACAAAGGCCUGCAGGCGGGAUUCUUUAACUUCAACGACUUCGACGCUGAGGAGUAUGAGUACUUUGAGCGCGUCGAGAACGGCGACUUCAACUGGAUUGUGCCACAGAAGUUUAUAGCGUUUUGCGGACCCCACCAGAAGAGCAAGACGCUUCCCAAUGGAUAUCCGUGCCAUGCACCCGAGCGCUACUUCAGCUAUUUCCGGGAUAACAAUGUCACAACAGUGAUUCGGCUAAAUGCCAAAGUCUAUCACGCAUCGUCCUUUGAGAACGCUGGUUUCGAUCACAAGGAUCUGUUCUUCAUCGAUGGCAGCACGCCAAGCGAUGCCAUUAUGAAGAAGUUCCUCUCCAUUUGCGAGACGACAAAGGGAGCCAUUGCAGUUCACUGCAAAGCGGGCUUGGGACGCACGGGCAGCCUGAUAGGGGCCUACAUCAUGAAGCAUUACGGGUUCACUGCCCUGGAGGCAAUAGCCUGGUUAAGGCUCUGCCGGCCGGGAUCGGUCAUUGGACAUCAGCAGCAGUGGAUGGAAGACAAACAAAGCUGGCUGUGGUCGGAGGGCGAACGAAUGCGCCGGCGCACUUCGCUUCCCAUCCUUCAGCAUACGUACGGAAUCAACAGCCUGGAGCUGAAGACCAAACUGGCCUCGGCUGCCUCCGACUCCGCGGAACACGUGGAUCUGCUGCUAACCCGAGUGAAGGGCAUUUCUCAGCGGGUGGAUACGAUGCACCUGAAUGACCAGGAUACCUUGGAUGCAGCUUGUGCGGAUCAAACGGAUGAGGAGCUCUCGGAGCAGUUGCGAUUGGAGCGGGACGAGAGAGCGCUGUAUCAAUCCGCUGAGGAUCCCAAUUGCAAUAAUAGCGAUGACAACGAUACGGACACGAUCAGUUCACCAGCGGAACCGCCGCCUACCUCCAGCUAUACAAUGUCCACGCGGCGUAGAAAAUCUCCAUCAGGCGCAAACAAGCCGACUGUAAUAGCCACGUCGCUGAGGCGCCUGGUUAAUCCCAAUGCCAAUCGAAGUGGAUUGAGUACGGCAUCUGGUGUUUAUCCCACUCCUGAGGUGGCCAGCUGCACGGAGAAGAAGUUGCGCAAGCCCAGUGCCAAUGUCUUCGAGGCAGCCCGACACACGAUUGCUUCCACCGUCAGGAUGACGCAAACAGCGCUGGAGAAGAAGCAGGCCCAGACGCAGGGCGACAAGCUGAAUCAGAUCAAGGCGCUGCGAAGGCACCACUCGCGAUCCGUUAAUGUGAACAGCAACAGCAGCGAACAGGAAUCGAACAUGAGGCAUACGAGAGCGCGUUCCCAGCCAUUCCGCAACAAUAACAAUGGAGUGGUUGGAAGCACAGCGAUGGCCGCCCUGAAGCCCACUUCCUCCUGCUUGCCAACUGGCACUGGGACAGCCGCACUUUUGGCCAACAAUCUGAACAACAAUAAUGACAGCGGUAUUGGGACUAGCAGCAGCAGCAAUAAUAACAACAACAACAACAGCACCAGCAGUAAUCUAAGCAACUCCCUGAAUAACUAUAACAACAACAACAAUACCACUAACAAUAUUUUGGCCAGUUCGGGGAGCAGUCGCACCCGCAGCCUGGCGCUCUAUAGCAAAAGAAUGGAGCUGAAGCAUCUGCGAAAGGCGGAACAGCAGCAGCUGCAGCAGGUGCAGCAGGAGCAACCGUUGCUGCCGGUGGAGAAACAACUGCUCCGCCAAUAUGCCACCAUUAACGAGAGCAAGAUACCCGUGGUGUCCGGUGGCGGUGGAGGUGCUGGUGGUGGUGGUGCCGGCAGCUCGGCCACCAUUCCGCCCACACGGGGCAGUGCGGCGCGCACUUCCCAUCACCACAUGACGCUACGGGGGAGAUCCCGCAUCCGAUACCAGCGUCCCAAUGCCGGAGAAACGGCUCCGGCAGCUGCCCAAACCCAACCGUGCACGGUGGCCACCGCUCGGUAUUACCGGGACGUAUCGGCCAUACCCACAAUCGGUGUUUUGGGUGGUGCUGGUACUGGUGGUGGGUCGUCCUCCUCCGCCUCCUUUAACAUUGCCACACGCUCCGCAUCCGCCACGCUCGAUCUCAACUCCAAUCCGCUGCCGAAAACCAAAUUAACCAGCCUCAACAAUAAUCCAACUACCACUCCUCCUCCCUCCUCCAAUCCUGCAGACACAAGCCGGCUUAGUGGGCGUGGCAGUGCCGAAUUGCAGGCAAUCAUCGAGCACGGCCUGGUGGCUGGUUCGGCCAAGCGCAACAAGCGAUCGCUGAGCUCCACGCGACUGGACAAGGACAAGAGCGACGAGUACAACACGAAGCUGUUGAGAAAGACGGCGGCAGCAGCCGCAGCAGCGGCCACUGCAGCAUCAGCCGGAGGAGCAGCAGUGGGAGCCAACAGCCCUUCCAUCAACGCCACCCACGCCACGAACGCCUCCACCACCAGCAACAUGAACAACAACUGCAAGUACAACAGCUGCAGCAGCAGCAACAGCGGCAGCUUCAAGCUUUCCCGACGCCUUUUCGGCGAGUCCGGCUCCUCAGCAUCGACGUCCGCCUCGAAUUCGGGAAUUCCCACGCCCACGGCGCCGCCCUCCACCAGCCAGUGGCAUCAGCACCUGGCACGCGGCGUGAGUCGGAUGUCCAGCGAAAGGGAUCGGGAGCGACAGCAACAACAACAGUCUCUGGACCAUCAGCAAUCCAAUCUCAAGCUGCGCAAGAAGAUUAGCUACUGAACACCUCUCAACGUUUCCUUUAGUUAUGUAGAUAUUAUUUUGACUAGUAAAUUAAACGUUUCCCGAUGAGAUACACAAUAUCGUCCGGUUAUGGCGAAUGCAAUGAUUUGUUAGAUAUUCCAAUGCAAUCGAAUUUGGUGAUUGAUUAGGAAAUUAUUUGUAAUAACAAUCUCAUUUAUACACUUACAUUUUUGUAGGAAAAAUUUUCAACUUGUUAUGAAUGGUUAUUAAACAUAUUGUACUAAAAUAAGGCAACCCGUGUAAAGGCAAACAGUUGUUUGCAUUUUUUGAAUUGAAUAUUGCAUACUUUGAACAAUUGGACAUUGAAAGGGUUAAUACAUUGUUAAAAGUUUUUAAGAGGAACGCCGCUUAGUUUUCAUUUUUGCAAUGUAUUGUAGGAAUAAAACCAAAACUGCUGAAGACUA